AGAAACGCUCGACGGUGACGGUGCAGGUUCAAUUUGGAAGACUUUAAAAAAAAGUGGACCCGUUUCAAGUGAAUUUAUUUUUCCUAUGGCAAAAGCGAAAAGUUUGACAUAUACGUUUUGAAAAGAAAAUCAACCAAAACUAUAAACCACCAGCAAGCAGCAGCAAAAGGUUUCCACCGAGGGUUGUUUUUUUGCUACUCAACAAUCUUUUACCUACUUGUGGUUGACUUUUGCCUGAAACCUAACCGCACCGUGCUCAGAUUGCAUAAUCGCAAGGCAUCCGCGGAGGAAAGUGAAAAAAAUAAAUAUAGAAGAAAAAAAAAAUCUGCAACCAACCCGGAUAAGAAGGAGGAGAGGUCUCCCGAUUGCAGCAAUCUCUCCGGUAGCAACUUACUAGCAAAGUUACUAAAGUACACCUCCACAAAACCAGUCAGCUAAGUUUUGAAUUGACCGACUAAAGGCUGUCUUUCUUGAGGCAGCAGCAAAAGUAAACAACAACACCCACAUCCCCGGCAGCUGAAUUGGUGCAGUGUGGUACUUUGGUGAAGUAACACAACGCAACCAAAAUCGUUGGAAUAAAACAGCUGGAAUAAAAUCAGCCCGGAAAUGGGACUAAACUGGAUUAAGCUUUCUCUGGUUGUUUUGAUAGCAGCCACGCUGAUCAUCGCAGUGUGCCAUGCCGAAGACGAUGGUGGUGGAGGAGGCAUUCAAGCGCGGAAGAUUUCGUCGCACAGCUCGAUAAACUCCGCUUUGAGUAGUUCGGGUACUAAAGGUUCUCGUUUACAGGAAACUCCAGCAACAGGGUUGACAGUUAACAAGAAGAAAAUCAAGAAGCAAUCGGCUUCUGGAGACGACGACGAUGAUGAUGAUGACUUCCUCGACUUCUUCGGAGAUGACGAUGAUGGGAGCGAUGAUGAUGACGAUGAUGAGGAAGAUGAAGAAGAUGAUGAAGAGGAGGAAGAUGAUGAAGAGGAAACGAGUACGGAUAAUGGCCGGCUAUGGACACCGGAUUUCAGUAAGAUAUCACAAACUCUUGGAGCGCUCAAUACAGUGGGUAGAUACAUCGUGAACAUGACCAAAGGACAGGAAGCUAGUCCAUCGGUGAACUCGCUCAACAAUGGUCCGAAAGAGAACAUUCCGGAUGCGAUCCUCACACUUACUAAAACGGUUUUAGGGGCGAAUGUUACGAAAACAAUAGAACCCCUUAUCAAGCGAGUAGGUGGUUCAGAAGUUGUGACUUCACCUGAAGUAACAACGACUUCAACAACUACGACUACUGCAGCUGCUAGUACUACAACAACUAGCACAACUCCAGCAAGUACAACGGCUCUUAUUUCUCUGGAUGUUGAGGCACCCCUGCUCGAAGUUCAGAAGAAGGAAGACGUCGAAGCAGCUGCACCAUCGAGUUCGAUGCAGAAGAAAAAGAAAAAGAAGAAGAACAAGGUUAAGCGAAAGGACCCGGCCCAUGUAGAAACGACCAAGAAACCUGCACCAGUUACAAAAAUCAUCGAAACCAAGGCUGACGAAAAUCGAUGUGUCACUCCCGAUGGCAGACCAGGACGUUGUGAAGAUCUCAGUACCUGUCCAGGACUGUUGUUGGACUUGACCCAUCUUCGAGAAUCGCUAUGUUUCAAGAGUCUUUUCGUCCCCGGAGUCUGCUGUCCUCUUCCAGCUAGUACUGUACUCACAACUCAGAAACCAACCAAGCGGCCUGUCCCUCACACGACUGCUCCAAGUUUAGUCCUAAGCCCGGUAGCGAAGCCCACAACCACAAAGCGACCACUUGUGCCGGUAUUCACUGUAACAACUACCACGGAGCAGAUCUUGUCAGCCACCUUGAAACCUCUGGCCGAGAACUUUGUCGACCCUGAAGACUGUGGACAGCAGGAAUACUCUGCAGGACGUAUCGUCGGGGGUAUUGAAGCACCCGUCGGGCAGUGGCCUUGGAUGGCAGCCAUCUUCCUUCAUGGACCGAAAAGAACAGAGUUCUGGUGUGGAGGAUCCCUAGUGGGUACAAAGUACAUUCUGACGGCUGCCCAUUGUACCCGGGACUCCCGGCAGAGGCCUUUUGCUGCAAGGCAAUUCACCGUCCGACUGGGUGACAUUGAUCUAUCGACCGAUGGUGAACCAUCGGCACCGGUCACCUUCAAGGUUACCGAGGUACGAGCUCACCCGAAGUUCUCCCGUGUUGGAUUCUACAACGACAUCGCCAUUCUGGUGUUGGAUCGACCGGUUCGGAAGUCUAAGUACGUGAUUCCGGUGUGUCUACCCAAGAGUAAUCUACCUUCCAAGGAACGAAUGGCCGGUCGCCGCGCAACCGUUGUUGGUUGGGGUACGACCUAUUACGGGGGUAAGGAGUCAACGAAGCAGCAGCAGGCAACACUACCGGUGUGGCGUAACGAGGACUGUAACCAUGCGUACUUCCAGCCGAUUACGGAUAACUUCCUGUGUGCUGGAUUUUCGGAGGGCGGCGUCGAUGCCUGUCAGGGGGAUUCGGGUGGGCCGUUGAUGAUGCUGGUGGAGGCUCGCUGGACCCAGGUCGGGGUGGUUUCGUUCGGGAAUAAGUGUGGAGAACCGGGUUAUCCGGGGGUGUAUACCCGGGUUAGCGAGUAUAUGGAGUGGAUACGGGAGAACACCAAGAAGUGAGGGGGGGUUCAGUUGACAAGAGGUGAACAAAUAUGGGCAUGAAUGUAGCGUACGUUAGGUCAUAGAAUUUUGAAUCAUGGUGGGCGCUAUCUGUUUAAGGAGAAAUGGUUAAAGAACGAAACCUCAAGUGUCUUUAACAGUUGAAGAAAAGACAAUUAAUGUUGGUUGAGUUACCGAAGAAAGUUAUGUGAAAUUUUUUUAGAAUGUAUUAAUUCCAAUCCAAUACAGGUACUGAUAAAUCAGUGCAAGUAUGUAAGAGUAAAAGGUUCGAGGUAAUGUUUUCUACAUCCACCUCCAAUGUUUGACAUACCUUUAAAAAAAAAAAAAUAGGCAUAACUUCAUGACUUACAAACUUCUUUAAAAUUAAUCUUAGAUUUUUUUAAGCGAAGAAUGAGCUCCGUCAAUUGUAGAAUGUAGCGUAAAGGUUUAAAAGGGUUUUGUUUGAGAAUUUUCGUUUUUUCAUUCGUUUUACAAUUUUGCUGCAUAAAGCAAAAUUGAACAACCUUUAUAAUGUGAGUUUUUGAAAACCAACUGUAUUUGUUCCGUAACAGGAAGGAUUAUUUGAUAGUUUCUUAGUUGCAUUGUAAAGCAAAAUAUGUUACUUAUUUUUCAAUUGAUUUCAAAUUAUGGAAAGGUAGAAACAACUAGCUUUUUUCAAUAUUUCAAAGAACUCCAAUUCGACCUGAAUUUUGAUGGCAACUUGAAAUCAUAGCUCUAUUAUCCAAGGGCGAAGUUUUUGCAGAACCAUUUGUUUUACAAUUUUACUUUACUUUUCAAGUUGUUUUUUUUUAUCGAGCAAAAUCAUCCCCAGCAAACAUUUUUGUAUGUAUGUUUUUCAACAAAAUUUAUUAUACGUUCCGUAUACAUUAUAGAAUCAUCACAUAAAAUUCGAAAAAACAGCAUUUAUCUACCAAAGUGGAGGCGAUAUACAUACAGAUUUAUUAACUUCUGGCUUAAACGAUAAGAACUAUUCAAAUUGGACGAAAUUCAAAACCUUAUUCGUACACCCUGAAAGUAUGCGAGAGAGCGCAAGUUUUGCUCUCAAUGCAUUGCCAGCAACAAUAUUUGCUGCUUCUCUCAUUGGACAAUUUUUCUAAACGGACCAUCUAUUUUUUAGCUAUGAUAAGUGUUGAAAAAUAGAACAUAAAGAUUCUUUUCGUAGCGUUUCUUUAUUAUUUUUUUUAAAUCUUUGUCGUUUUUCAGUUUUACACUAUUAACCCGUUUUUAGAAAAAAAAAUUAAGUCUAAUCCAUAUAUCAAAGUAGAAUUUGCCUUGCACAAUCUGAUCCAUUUUUCCAAUUUAGAUCGUGUAAAUUUAUAGUAAAUUAGCACUUUUAAUUGGCUUCGGAAAUUCUCGGGAUAUUUUGCGUUUCCCGGGACUCAGGAAUUCCCGAUUUUUUUAUUCCCGGGAAUUACCAGGUAGACACUCUACUCAAGAAUCGAGUGUUUCUCAGCUCGCACCCAAUUCUCUGUUGGAAAGAAAUGAUUCAAAUCUGUAAGUAAAAAUCUGAUCUAUGAAUUUGCGUUGAAAAAUUAGGAACGUUAUGUGCAUUUGAAUUAUGGCUUUGUUGUUUUCUCACGAAAAAACAUGAAGACACCCGGUGCAAAUUGUAUUUGGCAUCUUACUUGGAAUAAUGCUUUUAAAUCAAUAUCAAAGCAUUGAAAUAAGGCCAAUCUUUCAACUAUUUCAACUUAGCGUUUAAGUCUUCUAAGCCAACGGCCACGAGAUCGAUUCCCGGUUACGGCAUCCACACAGUGAGCGAAACAAGAAUGGAACCACUAAGUGUUUUGCUUGUAAAAAUAUGAAUGAUUGAAAUUCGUCAAAAUUUUCUUCGACAAUUCAUUCUUAUUUGUUCAACGGAUACAUUAAGGCAUAAGUUUACUUUAAAUUGAAUGAAGCAAUUGGCAGGGGAUUUAAAAUAUGAAAAAAAUGUGCAAACUAAGAGUAAUCAUUAUAAAUUUCUACAAAAAUCAAUAUCUAUACAUAUAAAAAUGAAUGUUUAUCUGUCUGUCUGUUCCCUAUAGACUAUAGACUCGAAAACCACUGAACCAAUCAAUGUGAAAUUUGGUAUGCAAAAGUUUUUGGGGUCGGAGUUGGUUUCUAAAAUACUUUCAGAGGUCUCCGACUUUAAUAUAUAUACUUUAAUAUUAUACAAUUUGAACAAUUUUCAGAAACUACUAAACCAAAGCCGGGAAUGGUUUUUAUACUACUUUUUGACUCCUUAGAAACCAAAAAGAGAGGGCUCCCAUACAAAAUUAACAGAAAUUAGACAAAAUUUGGUCAAUUUUUGAAAACUACUGAACUGAUCAAAGUGAAAUUUGGUGUGUAGCCGUUUUCAAGACCGAGAAUGUUUUUUUUAUACAAUUUUCAAACCUCUCCAAAUCCGAAAAGAGGCGGCUCUCAUACAAAAUUAACAGAAAUAUGACAAAUUUCAAACAUUUUUUGGAAACUACUGAACCGAUUAAUGUUUAAUUUGGUGUGUAGCCGUUUUCAAGUGCAAGGUUUAGAAAAUACUUUCAAACUCUUUAAAAGUUCAAGAAAGAGGGGGGCUCCCAUAUAAAAUCAACAAAUUUUGACAAAAUUAAACAAACUUCGAAGGAUUUUUGUUAAAAAUUGAUAAACGUAAGCUUUUUGACGUAAUGAUAUGAUCUAACGAAUUGACAAAUAAGUUUUAACAAAAUUUGGUGAUAUUUUGAAAAGAUAGACGUUUCCUAUUUUCAUUAAUGAAAGCUCUUAUUUUAAAUAAAUGUAACAUAUAUAUCAUCAGAAAAACCAAUGUUUUAGUGUUUUCAUAAAAUUUGGCAUACUUUUGAUUUUGUACAAAUUUCCCUAUAUUUAGAUACUCCUCCUACGUCAAAUGCGACGUUUUUUUUAUUUCAAGGGUUUAUUCAUUGUAUUGAAGAUCCCUCUUAUUUAUUUUCUUAAUUUACGUUGAAGUUACUUUGAUACUCAAAACAAUCUAGAAGCUCGUAUGACAUGAAAAAUAGUUCGCUUUUGAAUAAUGUUUAAAUUAAAUUUAACAAAAAAGUUUAUUUUAAUUAUAAUAAUUUUACCGAUCUUAAUUUUUCCAUGAAAGGGGUAGCAAAUCACACCGGGUCUGCUUGUCAUUUAUUAAAGUUUUCUGUGGAAAUGUUAAUAUCAACCCUUUAAUGCAUAGUGUUGUUUUAAAACAACACUCAUCAAAAUCCAAAUAUCUCGGAAAACCCAGGAUAUUUUUAAGUGAUGUACUGACAAACAGUAUUCUAGAAAUUUAAUGACAUCAGGUCAUGGUAUUUUUAUCACGAUAUUUUAAUGCAUGUGUGAGAUAUCCAACAAACUAUUCCGCAAAAUUGCAAAAAUCAAGUUUAUUUAAUUUUUGAAAAAAGCAGUUUAUACAAAAUUGCUGUUUUUUCUUAAGAACUCUAACAAAUUUUCUAUUUCAAUCAACCACAAACACCUUACUGCAUCCAGCAGGGUUUGGAUGAAAUUUGCAAAAUAGAAUUAAAAUGAAUACCUAAAGAAUUUUUAAAAUUAUUUUUCAACUUUGAUUAGCCAUAACUUUUAUAAUACUCAAAAUAACGACUUCAAACCUGUUCAGUUGUGUUAAUAUGUUGUUAUUUCAACGAAUCAUAACUGCUAUUCUCAUUUUGAAAAAGAAAUGCAUUAAAGGGUUAAUGCUUCUACGACCUUUUUUAAAAAAACUGCGUUUCAGGCGUUUUAAAGUAUUCCAACAGUUUCGAAGGGGAUUUUAAGAGAUUUUUCUAUAGCACUAAGGAAUUCAACACUUGAGCUUAGAUAUGUUAUUAAUCUGCUUAUUUAUAGGGUUGCCAGAAUUUUUUCAGCACGUAUCCGGGCCGGAAAAACCGGACAAUUUUUUUUUAUAAAAUCCGGGCACUUCAUUUCUAAAUUGACGACCUAAAAUCCAGGGAAAUUUUGGUCAAAACCUAGAAAUUACUCAAGAAAAAUCAAGAUGAAAAAAAUAAUUUUUCAUCCAAAUCCAUUGACAGAUUUUAAAUCCUAUAUAGGGCUUCCAAAAAAAACAUUUGUCAAUGAACAUACUUAAAUUGAAAAAAAAAACAUUUCAUGAUUAUUUUUGCAAUACCAAAAAAAAGUGGAGGUGAGCAGAAACUUCGGUGAUGGUAAAUUCUUGAGCUGGUGAGUUUUUGAAAAUCCAGAAAAGCUUCCUUCUGGUUGGAAAUUACCUUGAAAUGAUGAAAAGGGACUGCCGCAAAAAAUGACAUUGUUCCCAUAUGUUUUUCCGAUGCCUUUUGGGUCAUCAAGCAUCAGUGUAAAAUUUUAGAAGGUUUGGUUGAUUCCUGAGUUAGCGCAACGCGUUUGAAUUUUGCAUGGUAAUUUGUAUGGUAGAUGAAAUUUUUACACUUUAAAUCAUCCAGAAAAUUCAAAUAAGCCUGAAAUGAAGUUGGUCUUUGAUUUUUGGUUUUGACUGUUCUUAGGCUUCAAUUUUGCUACGCUAAGCAUUUCAUGAAAAUGGUUAACCAUUUUAAAAUAAAACAUCUGAAUCCAUUGAAAAGUAUUUAAAAAUGGCAGACUUCGCUCACUAGAACACUAAGUAAAUUCGUGAAAGGUUUUUGCAAAGGAUAUAUAAAUCAAUAAUUUAUCUGGCUGUGAAAAGUGGUUUUUUGAGAUUUUUAUUCUCAUCCUACAGUUACACAGCUUUCGAAAAUACAGUCAUAAACGCUAAAAUUAAAAAAAAAAAUCAAUUUUGAAAACAAAACUUUUGUAUAGCAUCGAAUAUCUUUUCUGGGGUACAAGUUAGGUUCAUGCUUCGUACACUUGAAUUGUACUGCAAGAAUCGAGGAAUUUUUUUUUUAAGUGAUAUAUAUUUUUUAACUUCCAGUUCAACUCUGGCGAUUUCUGAAUGAAAAACUUUGUUUUCUCAUACAACUUUCCAUUCAAAAUUAAAACUUGUUGCGCUGAUUCAAGACUGGAUGGAUCGCUUUCACUUUUUUUUUCCUAUUUCUGGCAUCAAAAACAACCAAAAAAUGUUAUGGGAAAUGUAAAUUUUUUUUUUUAAAUGUGCCUACAUCUACCCGGAAAAUCAAUAUUGAGACAUAUUUGGUUUGAAUUACGAGAUGGUGAUUUUUUUAUUACUAAUGAUCCUAGGCUAAGCCUUUCAUCUGAGUCUGAUCUUAAAAAACAUCUACCACAUUUUAAUUUGUAGUAAAAAUUUCUUAACACUAGCUUUAAUUUGGUUUCUAGACAUAUUAAAGUUGAUUUCUUCUACAUAUGCGUUGUAAAGUGCCAUCAUCCUGUACAUUGGUGCUGCCUACGACUUGAAAAUGAAACAAUCAAAGUUUUUGAAUUUCAGUUUGUAUUAACUGAUUUGAAAUUAACCGAGAACGUUUGUAACUUCAUUUCAAGUUAUAGUCAUGAUGAAAUUAUCUGAUUGAUAAAGUACUAAAUAUAGCUCAAUUGUUAAAUUCCUUUGUGCUAGAGGAAAAUCUUUCGAAAAACCCCUCCAAAACCUUUGAAAUACUAGAAAAGCCUAAAAUGCCGUUAUCUAUUCAAAAAGGUCUCAGAAGCAUUAUUUUGAACUUUUCCAUAGAAAAUUUGGGGAAAUAAUAUUGAUUUUUUGUAAAAAAUCAUAAGUUCUACUUUUCUUGUUUUGCACUUUUUAUUUUUUCAUAUUUUUGGUCCUCAACGCCAAUUGCUUCAUAAAAAAAGUAAUCUUAUGCUUCAUUUUUUUGCUUCAAUUUGAAACGAAUUGUACAAGAAAAUUUUGACGAAUUUCAAUCAUUCAUAUUUUAACCAGCUAAACGCAUAGUAGUGACUGUUCUUAUUUCGUUCACUGUAGAACACAUUCUGUGGGUUGGUGGUUUUAGCAUUUGUAAGAUGCUAGCCAUCAAAUCUUCGAAAGAUGUGGGCUUAGUGUAAAGUAAAAGGAAUCUCUUCGAGGAAACGUCAAGUUCUAUUAAGAUCCUAAAGGUAUGUGUUUUUGUUCGUUUAAAAAAAAACACUGGCACAUUUGAUCUGCCUUUAUUGGUUACCUUCGAGAACUGUUUGUCUCAUUUAAUUUCAACUUCAAAAAAUCAACCAGAUCCGGAUUCGAAUUUGAUAUCUUGGAUCGCUUUGUUGAACAGUUUGCUGCAUAUGAGUCGCUUUGAAGAAAAUUGUUACAAAAAUCAAAUUAUAAUACCCUCUUAGCUCGAAUAAAUUUCAGGUUAAUUUUUGAUUGAAAAAAAAAUUUCGUGACAAUGUUGAAAAACUAUGAUAUUAGACAUUGAAUUGCUAUUAUUUUCAAUUUUCUGUGAAUUUCUAAAUAAAUUUUGACCAAGUUUGUUUUGGAUUAAGCGAUCACUGUGCAUCAACGGGAGGGGAUGUUGUUUUUGUUCCGUAAAAAUAUUCGAAACAACUGCUGCCGAAUUCGAGAGAAAUGCAGAAUAAAUUUUCAAAAUUUCAAAACUUUUGAUUUUGUUUUUCGCUUCCAUUGACUAUGGUUUCCAAAUGAGCGAGUAAGAUUCAUUCAUAAAAAAAUAAAAUUUGAAACAAACAAAAACCGAAGUAAACAAGUGAAAGCAUAUCAAUCCGGUUGUGAAUUUGGAAAAGGACGAAUGCGCCAAAUGUAAAAAAAUUGAGUUAUUAGCUGGGUCAAAACGUACGUUUGGAGAUCUACAUUUUGAUAGUACAAAGUUAUCUGAAGGAUAUUUGGUUUUCUAGAAAAUGAGAAAACAAAACAACAUUUUUGCUGGAAGCUUAUGGAGCUGACAAACUUCGAACGCGUUUCUCUCGAAACAGUGAUGUAUUCAAAAUUUUUUUUUUGACAUUUCGGACUUUUGACUCCUUGAAAACAAUGCAAUACCAUGUUGUGCUUCCCUACACCAUAUUAUUAACGGAGUCUGUGUUUUACAAUAUCAACGAGUUUAUUUGGCCCGAUGUUGUGUUAGCUCAACGCGUGUUUUUAGACACGGCCAAUCUAAGGAACUCUGAAAAUGCCACAUUUUGGAGCGAAGGCCACAAUAUGGAGCAUUUCAAUCAAUAGUUUGAAAGGAUUUUUCUCAAAUACUCCACAGUUUUAAAUCCAAAAAAUAAUUUUACUGUAUUCCAGGCUAGUAAGCAAACAUAUUUGUCGAAGGACAUUCAUAAGUGCCCUCUGUUAUGACCACUGAGCUUGAAGGCUUAAUACAUCAAUAGUUCUCUUCAUACCAGAGCGUUUCGAAUGUUUAUAAACCAUUUCAAAGUGACUAAAGAACUCUUCUUGCUUUUUUAAGUCUUCACCAUAAUGAACAUUCCACAUUUUUAGAUUUAAAGUUUGUUUUUACUUAAUGCAUGCAUAAGAAACCGAUCGAAAACUGCUUGUUCCCGAAAACUUUCAAACAAAACCCCAACACACUAGCUCUACGCUUAGAAUUAAGUAGCUUUUUACUCAAAAAAGUACCAUAUAUAACAAUGAGAAUAUUACCGUGAAAAACUGAGAUAACAAUUGUAAAACGAGAGGGUUACCAAAACAUCCGCCCUACCAGGAUAUCGCCAUAGCAGGAGUUAACCGUUAAUAAGAUACAAACAGAUGUGAUAGAAAUUAGAAAAAAAACAACAACAAGCCGAAACAUUAUUAUUUAAACGAGUAUUUUGUAUAUAAUUUAUUUUUCUCUUCCUUCUUACAUAUCGUUCGGUUGAAACAAUAAUAUCAGCGCUUACCUAAUUUAUGUAACUUAUAGACAACGGUUUGCUUCUUUUGCCUUACAUCUUCUUUUACAUGAUACAGGAAGUGUUCGAAAGGAAAGUCUUAGCGAGUAAAAAAUUUACAACUGCAAAUUUUGUUUCUACUACUGUGUUCUAUCUGUGUUUUAAUUUUUUUUCUUCCUUUCCUCGUUUAUCGUUUCAUUCGUGAAUUUUGUUCCCCGAUCUUCUAGUUUUAUAUGUAUAACACGUGUAAUAAAAUGUAUUUUCCUUCUGUUCAUCUGCUGUUUCUGUGUAUGCGCGCUAGUGUUUUUCCUUCUUCCUUUAGUUGGUAUCUAAUAAAAUAUUGUACAGAAAAACAACGGAUUUUUAUUUACGUACAUGUACCACUGAUUGUUUGUUGUAUUCAUAUCUUGUUUCUUUUUUUCUCUCUGGUGAACUUUAUAGACAGUUACAUAUUCCAGUAGGCUAUGUUUUUCUUUGUGGUUGUUGUUGUGGGUGUUGUGCUACUAUUUGGUAUUUAACGUCUUUUUUCUGUAUAUCAAAA